AUGAAUGGAAAAAUGAGGUUAAAAAGGAAGAGAAUAAAAUACAACAAAAAAAGAAAAGAAAAGUGCGGGCUUUCUCUGUAUACGGUCGUAUACAGUUUGACAAAACGGCAAUUGGUCUAAAGUAGCAUGAUACAAAAAUUAAAGAGCAAUAUUUUAAAUUAAUUUUCAAAAUUUUUUUAGCCAAAUAUUUUAAAUUUUAAUGACUAAAAUUAAAGUAAAGUUGUCUUGUGGAUCGCACACAAGUUGAUUAUUAGUAUAGUAUGAAGUAGUGAAGCCCAGCAAGCCAUAUCCACCUAAAUUAUUGCAAGGAAGAUCCGUUUCACAUCACAUUUCUUAUCUUCCAACAAUUUAAUAUUUCUGCUUGUGUUCUACGUCACCCAUUAUAACCAAAGUCACUCUCACACACAAAUACGCCAAAUGAUCAAAGCUUUUUUCAGCAUUAUCUUGAAAGUGAUGCCACCAAACCAAAAUGAGUAUUUUCAUAGCAACACUCCACUCUACUACUCUCUCUGCCUAAAGUUUUUGUCCACAUAUCUAAAAUUUUCGUCUGACAAAAAUAAUCCAGGUUUACCAAAUUAAUUAUUUGUAUAAAAAAAAUGGUCGAGUUGUCAUCAUUUGACAGAAGCCUUUUCCUCCCUGACUACCGAACUUGAAGUUGAGUCUCGCAAUAUUGCAUUUGCAUGUUAGUUUUUUGAGGGGAAGAGGAAGAUGGCGAGAAAGUUGUUGAAUGAUUUGGUUCCUUUGGGUGCCAUGGUGAGCAUGGAAUGCGUGAAUGUUGGAUUGAACACUCUGUUCAAAGCAGCUACCAUGAAAGGCAUGAGCUACCAUGUCUUUGUUGUUUAUGCUUAUGCUGUUGCUGCUAUUCUGCUUCUUCCUGCUCCCUUCAUCUCCUCAAGAUCAAGAGUGCUUCCUCCUCUUACUUUGCCAGUUGCAACUAAAAUUGCUUUUCUUGGCCUCAUCGGAUGCUCAUCUCAGAUAAUGGGGUACACAGGAAUCAGUUUCAGUUCGCCAACUCUUUCUUCGGCGAUCAGCAAUUUGGUGCCGGCUUUUACCUUCUUGCUCGCCAUCGCUUUCAGGAUGGAAAAAGUGGCUCUGAAAAGUUCAAGCAGCCAAGCUAAAGUCUUGGGCACCAUAGUAUCAAUAUCAGGAGCAUUCGUUGUAACUCUUUACAAAGGACCACCGAUCAUCAUUAUUCAUGCGCCUUCGUUCUCAAUUCAACAUCCAAUUAACAAUCUCAGUUCUGUGGAUCAAAGUUGGGCCAUCGGCGGCCUUCUACUGAUGGCUGAGUAUAUAUUGGUUCCUAUGUGGUACAUUGUACAAGUACGAAUUCCCCAUUACAAUUUAUGCGUAAGCAUCAUGGCCGCAAUUGUUGGCAUUUUUACAGAGACAAAUCCAGGUGCUUGGAAAAUAGGAGUAGAUACAGCGUUGGCAUCUGUCCUUUGCUCUGGAAUUUUCGGAUCGUUCUUGAACAAUGCUGUCCACACAUGGGUAUUACGCAUAAAGGGACCUGUCUACGUCGCAAUGUUCAAGCCACUCUCGAUUGUCAUAGCUGUAGCCAUGGGAGUCAUGUUUCUUGGUGAUUCUCUUCACCUUGGAAGUCUAAUUGGAGCAACAAUAAUAUCAAUUGGAUUUUACACAGUAAUGUGGGGUAAGGCAGCAGAAGAGGUGGAUGAAAACAUCUCAAACCCGGUGUUACCAACUACAGAGAACAAUGUUCCUCUCUUGCAAAGCUAUAAAAGUGAUUUAUCUGAAGAAAAACAUUCACUUAUAUAACUGACCAAACUACUCUUCAAAGCUCUAAGCAAUGAAAAAUAUCCCAAAAGAGAAGCCAGAAAAGAAACGGAGUAGAUGGAAGAUAGAAUCAGAAAGAACAAAUAUAGAAGCAUAUAAGGAUCAAAAAUCCCAUCAGAAACAGUUCAAUUGAAUGAGAGUAGUGUACUUACACCACAAAGCAAGGAACAUAAACCAAAAUUUCUAAAGAGAAAGCAUUCUAUCACCAAGUGGGAGUAAUAUGAACGUGUAUUCUGAAGAUAUGAAAUGAAAGCAAGCUUGUGUGUCUGUUGUAACAUAUUUUCCAUGAUAGGUUUCCAAAAGCUUCUGUGCAGCUUAAUUUGUAUUAAGUCAGCAAAUAUUGCUAAAUAAACCAAAAAAAGAAAUUGAAAAUCAGUAAUAACCAAUGAUGCCUACUCUGAUACAGAAUGAAAGAGUGCAGAGAUACAAAAAAACAGUAAGAGUAACAUUGUGUCUUUCUUUUUUAAUGGAUGCCACAAUAAAAUUUUGUAUCUUAUGCAUGGCA